GGAAAUCGAGGAAUUGCAGCCUGCCGACAGUAAAGAUGAAGAAGGAAUUUGCUGUGUAUAUACGAGAGUCGUGGGUACUUUUUGCAUUAAAAUAGUUUUUAAUGCAACAAAAGCUUUAGAAUAGCAUUAAAAAGCAUUAAAUUAGAGUUGCUCAUUCCUGUUGCUCAUUCCCUGCCUCCCGCCCGCAAUGAGCUUUCAAUAUUUGUCCCGCGCCGCACUGCUUUGCAGGGCUCUAUUCUGUACUUAUCAUCUUUAAUGUUAGUAUCUUUUUGUUGCCAAGUAAUUGUUAAUCUAUGAAAAAUUAAAAUGGUUUGAAUAUUGAGAGUAUUACUGCUGCCAAUGUCAGUAUUAUGUGGGGGAAAAAAUAUUAGAGGCCACCCCUGGCCCCCCAUCUAGCUCCGCCCCUGCACACCGGUCGCGCAAUAGAAGCCCUAAUGCCCUCGAUUAUUAUUCAUAUGAUCCGAUGUGUGACCGCCAUUGGCUGAAGUCGCGUCACAUGACAAGAAAUGUGUAAACACCAAACACAGGAGCUGUAUUUUAAACGAGAAGAAGCCGUCCGGAGCUCCAGAGCCUAUCGGCGGAGCCUCCGCCUGUCCUGCGUCCGUCCGCCUGUCAUCGAUUCGCAGCCAGGGGCUGACAGGAGCGGCCGGAGCAUGGAGAUCAGGGAGAAGGGAGGCAGGACCAAUCCGCUGGCGACUGCCAACUUGUUUUCACGGCUAUUUCUAUGCUGGCUGACCCCACUGCUGCACAUGGGCCAAAAGCGGCGGCUUAAUGAGAACGACAUGUACAGCGUUCUGCCAGAGGAUCGCUCCGAAAGCCUGGGAGAGGAACUUCAAAGAUUUUGGGCCCAAGAGGUAAAAAAAGCUACAAAGGAACCCCGGGAUCCAAAGCUGGCCAGGGUUCUCAUUAAAGCCUAUGGGAAAUCAUAUGCAUUGGCUGGGCUGUAUGUAUUUUCAAUGGAAGCCAUUAAAGUUGUCCAGCCUCUUCUUCUGGGGAAAAUAAUCGAGUUCUUUGAGAACUAUAACCAAGAGGAUCGUGUCGGUCUUUACAUGGCGUAUGGUUAUGCGGCUGCCAUGUCCAUCUCCACCUUCGGGCUGACCAUCCUCCAACAUCUUUACUACUACCAAGUGAUCAGAAUUGGGAUGAGGGUUCGAGUGGCCAUGUGUCAUAUGAUCUUUAAGAAGGCUCUUCGUCUCAGCAAUGAGUCAAUGGGAAGGACAACCACAGGGCAAAUAGUGAACCUCCUUUCAAACGAUGUCAAUCGUUUUGAUGAGAUUAUGCUGAAUUUGCAUUACCUGUGGGUCGGACCUCUGCAAGCUUCGGUCAUCAUCAUCUUCCUCUGGUAUGAAAUCGGCCCUUCCUGUCUGACGGGAGUGGCUGCUAUCGCCCUCUUAAUGCCCGUGCAGACAUGGUUUGGGAAGCUUUUUGGUGUCUUCAGGAGCAAGACGGCUGUCCUUACAGACAGCAGAAUCCGUAUCAUGAACGAAGUAGUUUCUGGCAUCAGAAUAAUUAAGAUGUACGCCUGGGAGAAACCGCUGUCAGCUCUGAUCACUGAUGUCAGAAGGAAUGAAAUCCAACAGGUAUUGAAGAGUUCCUACCUACGUGGACUCAACAUGGCUUCUUUCUUCGCCAGUAGCAAGAUCACAGUUUUUAUCACCUUCACCGUCUACGCUCUGUUGGGGAACACCAUCACAGCCAGAAGCGUGUUUGUCACCGUGUCUCUUUAUGGUACCAUUAAGCUCACAGUCACGCUCUUCUUCCCUCUGGCCAUUGAAAAGUUGUCCGAGACUGUUGUGAGCAUUCAUAGGAUUAAGAAUUUCCUCAUGUUAGAAGAAGUUGAGAGAAAAACCUUUGGACUGCACCUGGAGGAAAUGAAGGAAAACUCUCUAGAGAUUGAGAAGCUCACCUGCUACUGGGAUAAGAGCGUGGACUCACCGUCUUUGCAGAACAUUUCGGUCACAGUAAAAUCAAAUCAGCUUCUGGCUGUUGUUGGACCUGUGGGGGCUGGAAAGUCAUCUCUGUUGAGUGCCAUCUUGGGAGAGCUGCCGCAUGACACAGGCGUGUUGACCAUCAAAGGUCCGCUGACGUAUGCAUCCCAACAGCCCUGGGUGUUCCCUGGGACCAUCCGCAGCAACAUCCUGUUUGGGAGACCGCUAAAUCGUAAAAAGUAUGACAGAGUCCUCAGAGCCUGUGCUCUGAAGAAGGACCUGGAACUCUUUCCUGAUGGAGAUCUCACGCUGAUAGGGGAUAGAGGAGCAACACUCAGUGGAGGACAGAAAGCUCGCAUUAACCUGGCAAGGGCUGUUUAUCAGGAUGCAGACAUUUAUCUCCUAGAUGAUCCUUUAAGCGCUGUAGAUGCAGAAGUCGGGAAGCAUCUUUUUGAACAGUGCAUCUGCGGGCUGCUUAAGAACAAAUGUCGUGUCCUGGUCACACACCAGCUGCAGUUUCUGAAGGCAGCGGACAGAAUUUUGGUUCUCAGGGAGGGGAACAUCAUAGGCCAGGGAAGCUACAGUGAGCUGCAGAGCUCUGACCUGGAUGUGGUUUCUCUGCUGAUGAGAGACGUAGAGCAGGAGCGAAGUCCUGGCUUACCAGACUCUGAUAAAUGCUCUUUACACAGUCAGUGGACAAACUUCUCCCAUGGUUCUCACUGUUCUCACAGCAGCCUCUUGCCAUCUGACAGUACCUGCUCAGACCAGCUUCCUGUUGAUGCACCUCACAACUUUGCUGAAGAGAGUCGAGCUGAAGGGAACGUUGACAGCCACAUUUAUCUGAAGUACUUCACUGCUGGCUGUAAUUCACUGGUCUUAAUUUUCAUUAUCCUGAUAAGCAUUAUAGCAGAGGUUGCAUAUAUCCUGCAGGACUGGUGGCUGGUUUACUGGGCAAGAUCAGAAGUUUCAAAUACUACAGCCCCUGUAGUCAGCAUAAAAAAUGGCAUUAAUGCCUCUCCCACAGAUGGAGACAUGGAUCUCACCUUUUACCUCGGCGUUUAUUCAGGUCUCACAGCAGCUGCUGUGGUCUUUGGUUUUAUCCGGAGUUUACUGAUCUUUCACGGUUUGGUGAAAUCAGCCCAGAUUCUGCACAACAAGAUGUUCAAUGCUGUCCUCCGUACUCAUGUUCACUUCUUUGACACUAAUCCCAUUGGAAGAGUUCUCAACAGAUUUUCUAAAGACAUCGGCCAAAUGGACUCCAUGCUGCCUAUAACAUUUGUGGACUUCUACCAGUUGUUUCUACAGAACGUUGGAGUCGUAGCAGUGGCUGCCUCAGUCAUCCCUCUCAUCCUCAUCCCAGUCAUCCCUUUACUCUUGUUCUUCCUUUACUUGAGGCGCUAUUACCUCCAAACGUCUCGGGAUGUCAAACGGCUGGAGUCAACAACUCGCAGUCCCGUCUUCUCCCUCCUGUCGUCAUCUCUUCAAGGUUUGUGGACCAUCCGAGCCUUCAAAGCAGAGGAGCGGUUAAAGAAAACCUUUGAUUCCUACCAGGACCUGCAUUCAGAGGCUUGGUUUCUAUUUCUCAUGACGUCCCGAUGGUUUGCUCUGCGCCUCGACAGCAUUUGUUCCGCAUUCAUCACCAUCACGGCAUUCGGCUGCAUCAUCUUCAGGGACGGUCUGGAGGCCGGGCAGGUGGGCCUGGUGCUGACCUAUGCUGUGACCCUUGUAGGAAACUUUCAGUGGACUGUGAGACAAAGUGCUGAGGUGGAGAACAUGAUGACUUCAGUUGAGAGAGUGGUGGAGUAUACUGAGCUGGAGAGUGAAGCUCCAUGGGAAACUAAGAAUCGCCCCCCUGCUGACUGGCCCAGUAAAGGGAUGGUGACCUUUGACAGAGUGAAUUUCUCCUACACUCCAGAUGCUUCACUGGUCCUUAAGGACAUCAGUGCUACAAUCGAACCCAGUGAAAAGUUGGGGAUUGUUGGAAGAACGGGAGCUGGGAAAAGCUCCCUGAUCUCUGCUCUGUUCCGCCUGGCAGAACCUCAGGGGCAGAUCUACAUCGAUGGCCUUUUGACCUCUGACAUGGGUCUCCAUGACCUGCGCCAGAAGAUGUCCAUUAUCCCUCAGGAUCCAGUAUUGUUUACUGAAACGGUGAGGAAGAACCUUGAUCCCUUCGGCCAGCACACUGAUGAAGAUCUGUGGGAAGCUCUAGAAGAGGUGCAGCUUAAAUCUGUGGUGGAGGAGCUGCCAGGGAAGCUGGAGACGGUUCUGGCAGAGUCCGGCUCCAACUUCAGCGUGGGUCAGAGGCAGCUGGUGUGUCUGGCUAGAGCCAUCCUGAGGAGGAACCGCAUCCUCAUCAUCGACGAGGCCACAGCUAACGUGGACCCCGGGACAGACGAGCUGAUCCAGAAAACCAUAAGAGACAAGUUCAGAGAAUGUACUGUGCUCACCAUCGCUCAUCGCCUCAACACCAUCAUAGACAGCGACCGCAUACUGGUACUUGACAGCGGACGCAUCCAGGAAUUAGACCGACCCUUCACUCUGCUUCAGAACAAAGAGGGUGCUCUCUACAAGCUGGUGCAACAGACAGGCGAGGCCGAGGCAGAAGCUCUGCUAGAAUCAGCUAGACAGUCUGCUUAUGAAACUGCAAGGCUGUGAUAACCGAGGCUGGAGGAGCACAUUCCCGAAACAAAAGGCUGUCAUCAACGUACAAAUAACAUUUGUACCUCAGUGGAGAUAGAAGUAGCUAAAGGUAACAUGAAAAUACAGGUGUAUCUUGAUAAACUGGAAUAUGUUUAGAAGUUUUAUUAUUAUAGGGCUAAUUUAUAGCACAAUUUACAGUCAAAUCCUACAGAUAAGUUUAUGAACUUAAGAGUCUGGUUCUGGCUUACAGGUUAUGAAAAUCCAUCCGAUUACAUGCGUUUGUUAAUCCUCCCAGUUGUAGAUCAGUGGUUUGCCACAAAAUUCAGCACAGGUGUUACUUAGCAAAUGAUUUUAGAAUCACUGCCCAAAGUGAAUAGACUGAUAAACCAGACUAAAUGAGAGAUUAAAGGGGUAAUUUAGUCUGGUCCCGAUGAAUGAGGCAUCGGAUGAUUGUUCAUGAGAACAACCUGUUGUUUUUCAAACCAUGUCUGUAACGCUCUGACUGAUGGGAGCAACUGACUGUGACGUACGAAGCGCGUCAGAAAGCUGUGGGGGAGUUUAAACAAGCAGCCUGUCGGUAAAGCGGCGAAUACGUCCUUCUUAAAAAUGUAGGAGCGUAGAGACUCUUCCUCCCCAAGUUGAAUCCUUCCAAAACUGAGUCAAAUGAGAACUGUUCAAUAGUUGUUGCCAUCUUCCUUGUUGUCGUGCAACUUUGUCGUCCCGCCUUCAAAACCCCGCCU